UGUCCAGUCCUCCCUGCAAAGAUGCCAAGAUGGCAGCCGACCAGGUGAACCGCAUCCUGGUCGUCUAGCAGCCUCCCCAGUCAAGAUGGAGCGCUAGCGAGCCCUCUGCAUGGAACUCGGGGAACAUGGGCUGGGGGAAAUGACCCUUGGCGUUGCACAGCCCUAUUCCAGAAGAGGCUGUGCCCAGAGCCUGGCAGUGCCCGGGGUGGGGCGAGAUUGCUGCUUCUAGUACCUGAAGGACUCUUGUCCCAGAGGCAUGAAUUCCGGACAUUCUCUGCGAAGGGACAAGAUGGGAGUGGGGGAAGGGCAGAGGGUACAAGCUCCACCUAGGGCAGUGGCCACAGCAGGAAAAGGGGCAGACAGAACCAGGAGCCUGGAAAGGAAGCAUGAUGCCAACAGGAACAGCAGCUGGAGCCUGGGCGCUGGCCCUUGCUCUGUGGGGAGCCGUGGUUGGUGGUCAGAACAUCACAGCCCGGAUUGGAGAGCCACUUGUGCUGAGCUGUAAGGGGGCCCCUAAGAAACCACCCCAGCAGCUAGAAUGGAAACUGAACACGGGCCGGACUGAAGCUUGGAAGGUCCUGUCUCCCCAGGGAGGACCCUGGGACAGCGUGGCUCGAAUCCUCCCCAACGGUUCCCUCCUUCUGCCAGCUAUUGGAAUCGUUGAUGAGGGGACUUUCCGGUGUCGGGCAAUCAACAGGCACGGAAAGGAGAUCAAGUCCAACUACCGCGUCCGAGUCUACCAGAUUCCUGGGAAGCCAGAAAUUGUGGAUGCUGCCUCUGAACUCACAGCUGGUGUCCCUAAUAAGGUGGGGACAUGUGUGUCAGAGGGAAGCUACCCUGCAGGGACCCUUAGCUGGCACUUGGAUGGGAAACCCCUGAUUCCUGAUGGCAAAGGAACAGUUGUGAAGGAAGAGACCAGGAGACACCCCGAGACAGGGCUCUUCACACUGCAGUCAGAGCUGACAGUGACCCCAGCCCGAGGAGGAACCGACGACCAUCCUACCUUCUCUUGCAGCUUCUCUCUGGGCCUCCCCCGGCGCAGACCCUUGAACACAGCCCCCUUCCAGCCCCGUAUCAGGGAGCUUGGGCCUCCAGAGGAGAUUCAGCUGUUGGUUGAUCCAGAAGGCGGAACCGUCGCUCCUGGGGGGACUGUGAGCCUGACCUGUGUCAUCUCUGCUCAGCCCCCUCCGAAGAUUCACUGGAUAAAGGAUGGUGCACCCCUGCCCCUCGACCCCAGCCCUGUACUGCUCCUCCCUGAGGUAGGGCACGAGGAUGAGGGUGUCUACAGCUGUGUGGCCACCCACCCUAGCCACGGGCCUCAGGAAAGCCCUCCUGUCAGCAUCAGCGUCACAGAAACAGGCGAGGAGAGGCCAGCUGCAGGCUCUGUGGGCGGGUCUGGGCUGGGAACGCUGGCCCUGGCCCUGGGGAUCCUGGGAGGCCUGGGAAUAGCCACCCUGCUCAUUGGGGCCAUCCUGUGGCGAAAACGGCAACCCAGACGAGAGGAGAGGAAGGCCCCGGAAAACCAGGAGGACGAGGAGGAACGUGCGGAGCUGAAUCAGUCAGAGGAUGCUGAGACAGCAGAGAACGGGGCAGGAGGACCUUAGGAGAGCCAGGCAGACCUCGUCCACCAGCUCCUUCGCCUCCCUCCUGGAGCUGUGCUGGCCCCCGCCCGACCAGCUCUCCCAUGUAUGAUCCCUAUUCCACCUCAAUACACUUCUACAACCAGAGCCCACCUGACCCACGCUGAGUAAACACCUGACACAUGUC